AUGUUUUCGUUUGAGUUGGAGAAUCACGUGUGGGCAGCAACGGCUGCACCGUCUCGUGCCUCCACCCUGGGUGGCCGCCAAGCUCGAUCAGCUGAGCGACAUAACAUUGCAAACAACGAGGCACCAGAGAUCGGGCGAAGUGCCUUCCCUGAGCAGAAGCAGAAUUCCCGAGAUGAGCACGGAGUCCGAAAUACCACGUGA